AUGAAAAUUACAUCUCCAAUUGAGAAAAAAUCUAGGGAAUUUUGCAAGGCUUCAACUAGGGAUGAUGGAUCUCAAUUUAUGGAGAUGCUAGGCAAUGUUGAAGGUGUGUCUCAAUCACUUGAAGCACCUUCUCAUCAUGGAAGAGAUUGUCAAGAGGUCAAUCCUAUGAAGACAACCAAAUGGAAAUUAGAAUCUGGACACAGCAAAAACAAUAGGGGCUCAACUUCAGGCAAGAGGAAUAGUCUGGAUACAAUAUCAAUUACAAGUCAUGAUUUGAUUCUUGGAUUUGAUUUGAAUAUUGCACCACAAGAAGUUGACUUGGGAGCCAAAAUUUCCAAAGAUGCAGAAACUGACCCCAACCACAAAAAGAAAGAAAUACAAUCACAGAAUUGGGAUUCUAAGGAUGCAAGAUCCCAUGGAGAGCUGCAAAAAGCUUCUGAAAGUUCACACCUGGAAGACACAAGAAUUACCCCACCAGAGAUAUGUGCUAUCUUUUCACCACAACCAAUCAAGACAGUGAAUCACUCACAAUGUAACAUUGGUGUUGAUAUGCAAAGUUUCAAAGAGCAUACACCUAUAGCUGUUUGUUCAGCUGCUGCCAUCUUCUUCACAGGAAACCUGGUGGAUUUCAUUCAGGAGCUAUAUGUUCAGGGGACCACCCAUGGAAGAAUUCUGAUUCAAGCAGGGAAAGAGAUCUGGACACAGGAAUUGCUUCUGCCUUAUGUAUAUUUCAUAUUGACAUUGAAUCCAACCAUUCACACUUGGGAAAGAAUAAAGAAGAUAACUGGCUAUGUGUUCAGGGCCUACCAUCUGUGGUAUAUGGAAAGCAACACAAACUUUGAUAAUGAACAUCUUUCUAGGUUUGUUUUGUGGCACACAGAUGUGAUUUAUCAAACUUGCAAAAACCCUUUUGUUUAUGACAUGGUUCAAGGGAAGGGGAGGGAGUCACUUCACAAUAAACCCGGAAAAAAGAUGUCCACAAUUCCAAGAAUACUUCAACUUGUUUAUGGCACACUAGAUGAUGGGGGCUUCUACAAAUUUAGAAGCCAGAAAAGCUUUCUCAGAAAUCACCUUUCUACCACCUGGAAAUCAGACUUUGUCAGAGGAUAUCCAGAUGCAAAUUUUGCUUCAAGCUCUACUGAAACUUUUGAGAUAAUUUGGAAAACCAAGUCACAUGAGAUAAGUGAAGCAGGAAGAGCUAUUGUCUGGCCAUCAAAAUUUGGAGACACAUCCAGAAGAGAUGAUCAUGUUUUACUGGUACAUGAAGAUAUAGAAAAAUAUAUGAUGAAGGAGAACGAUAAUGAGGUUAAGAGGUUUGUGCAUCAAUGGAAAGUUGAAUUUGAAUCAAUGAUAUCAUCAACAAAAACACAUAAAGUUUUUCAGAAUCUUCCUGUUGGUGAUCUUGAACUUUUUGGCUGGGGAUUUGACUAUUAUAUAUCAAGAUUUGGCAAAAGAAUUAGAAAGGAUUCUGGACUUUCCCCAUCAUUUGAAUAUAAUGUGAAGUUGUUUGAUAACUUUCUUAACAAGAAGCCAGGCUCUGGGAUCAAUAAGACCUUCUGGACAAAUUUUGGAAAACAUAUAUCAUUUGAGCAAAAUAGGUGUGCAAGAAAAAGAGUGAAGAGCAGUGAAAAACAAUAA